AGCUGUGUCUAUAUAAGAAGAUGAUGGCCCAUGUAAUUUACACAACAGAAACAUAUAAACGAUGUUCACCUUACAGAAAGGUAUAGCAAAUCGAAUAUUUAACGUUCGGCAGUUCUCUGGGAGUUUGAGGAAGUUGCCCCGUCAUCUUAUUUCAAGGAAUCUUUCUCAGAAAUCCGGAAUUGGACAUGGCAUCGGAAGUGUAAUUGCUUUUUCGCGUCUUAAUCCAAUUGUUAAGAGCAAUUGGGAGAAAUUGAGAUGGAAUCAACGAAGAUUUUAUGCAGCAAACCCGAAUGGAGGGACUUUUCGAAUGAAUUUAGGUGGAACACCAAAGCCUGGGGCAGCUUUGGAGGAAUUUGGUACUGAUCUUACUGCGUUAGCCAAGCAAGGAAAGCUUGAUCCUGUAAUUGGUCGUGAAGAAGAAAUCCAAAGGACAAUUCAAAUUCUGUCGCGCCGCACAAAAAACAAUCCGGCCCUAGUUGGCCCUGCUGGUGUCGGUAAGACCGCCAUCAUGGAAGGGUUAGCCACGAGAAUUGUUCGAGGAGAAGUCCCAGAAUCCAUGAAAGAAAAAACAGUCAUCGUCCUUGAUUUGGGCGCUCUAAUUUCAGGCGCCAAGUUUCGUGGCGAUUUCGAAGAGCGCUUGAAGAGUGUUUUGAGCGAUUUGGAGGCUGCUGAAGGAAAGGUGAUACUUUUCGUUGACGAAAUGCAUCUUUUGCUUGGGUUUGGUAAAGCAGAGGGUUCUAUUGAUGCUAGUAAUCUACUCAAGCCGGCUUUGGCUAGAGGAAAGUUACAAUGCUGUGGUGCUACUACUUUGGAGGAAUAUCGAAAGUAUAUUGAGAAAGAUGCAGCCUUAGCUCGUCGAUUCCAAGCUGUCAUGAUAGCGGAGCCUUCUCUUUCCGAUUCAAUCUCCAUUCUCCGCGGUUUAAAAGAACGUUAUGAAGUGCAUCACGGUGUACGGAUAACCGAUGACUCUUUGGUUACUGCUGCCACUUAUAGCUCGCGUUAUAUUACCGAUAGAUUUUUGCCAGAUAAAGCUAUUGAUUUAGUAGACGAGGCCUGUUCUUCCUUGCGACUGCAACAAGAAUCCAAACCAGAUGAGCUUCGCCGUUUGGAUCGUCAUAUCAUGACCAUCCAAAUUGAGCUUGAGUCUUUGAAGAAAGAAACUGAUACGACUUCAAUUGAACGUCGUGAGAAGCUUGAAAAGAAAUUGUCAGAACUACGUACUGAUCAAGAAAAACUUUCUGCCAUUUGGGAAGAAGAAAGAAGCGCUUUAAAUAAUAUCAAGGCUGCUAAAAUGGAUUUAGAAAAAGCCAGAAUUGAGCUUGAACGAACACAACGUGAAGGUGAUUAUACUCGUGCUUCUGAGCUUCAGUAUGCCAUUAUUCCAGAACUGCAGCGCAAGCUUCCAAAGGAAGAGGAAAAUUUGGAGAACAAGAAACCUUCUUUGGUACAUGACUCCGUGACCAGUGACGAUAUUGCACUCGUCGUCUCUAGAGCAACAGGCAUUCCAACUACAAACUUGAUGCGCGGGGAACGUGAUCGUUUACUGCAUAUGGAACAAACAAUCGGCAAUUCUAUUAUCGGUCAGGAUGAAGCUCUUCAUGCGAUUGCGGAUGCUGUACGCUUGUCGCGUGCUGGUUUGCAAAGUAGUAACCGUCCUUUGGCAUCCUUCUUAUUCUUAGGCCCUACAGGUGUGGGUAAAACCGCAUUAACAAAAGCCCUUGCGGAGUUUUUGUUCGACAGCGAGAAAGCGAUGAUACGAUUUGACAUGUCUGAAUUUCAGGAAAAGCAUACUGUUUCUCGUUUGGUUGGUAGUCCCCCUGGUUAUAUAGGGUAUGAGGAAUCAGGCGAACUUACGGAAGCUGUUCGUCGUAAGCCUUAUGCUGUCUUACUUUUUGAUGAAUUGGAGAAGGCCCAUAAUGAUGUUACCAACAUCCUGUUGCAAGUAUUAGAUGAGGGAUUUUUAACGGAUGCUCAAGGACGAAAGGUUGAUUUUCGUUCAACCUUGAUUGUAAUGACAUCUAAUCUUGGUAGCGAAAUCCUUGUCAACGAUCCUAGUACCACUGUUACUCCUGAAUCGCGUAAGAAAGUAAUUGAAAUGGUACAAGGCUAUUAUCCUCCGGAAUUCUUGAACCGGAUUGAUGAACAGAUUGUUUUUAACAAGUUAUCUGAAAAGAAUUUGGAAGGCAUUGUUAAUGUUCGUUUGGCUGAAGUUCAAGAGCGUUUGAAUGAUCGUCGCAUUCUGCUUACAGUAAGCGAUAGUGCAAAGAAAUGGCUCGCUGAAAAAGGAUACUCUCCUUCUUAUGGUGCUCGUCCAUUGAACCGUCUAAUUCAAAAGAAGAUUUUGAACACGCUGGCUAUGAAAAUCAUUCAAGGAGACAUUAAAUCCGACGAGAAUGUUUUGGUUGAAGUUUUGAAUGGAGAUUUAGAUUUUAAGACGUCAAAAUUAGAAUCAAAAAAAUAAUGUACAAACAUCGCUCUAAAACUUGAGCUUGCUACUUUUAAUGAUAUGACUGAUAUAAUACCACAUUUUAGAUUACAUUGGUAAUGAAAUACUUAAUUUUGAAAGCAAAAGCUACUCCUACAUAGAAC